AUGAAGGUGAAGGAGUCUUGGCUCCUCUUGGUGCAGAUUUUCUCUGACCCACAGAACCGUUGUACUGUGCUGAGCUGUGAACAAGGAAGAGAAAGGACAGAGGAUGUCAUGGGAGCUCCAAAUGAGACAAUGGUGACUGAAUUCAUCUUGAUUGGGUUAUCCGAAUACCCCAAAGCACAAGCUGCGUUCUUCUGUUUGUUGUUGACGGCAUACGUCAUCAGCUUUCUUGGCAAUGGCCUCAUCGUCAUAUUGAUUAUUGCUGAUCCCCACCUUCAUACACCCAUGUAUUUAUUUCUUUGCAUCCUCUCUUCUGUAGACUUCAUGAUCUCCAACAAUAUAUUUCCUGAGAUCAUGGUCAACUGUUUCCUUUACAGGCCCACCAUCUCUUUCUACAGGUGCUUGGUUCAGAUGUAUGUUGGUGUUAUACUCUUUCUAACAGAAUGUUUCCUGCUUGCCACUAUGGCGUAUGACCGCUUUGCAGCCAUCUGCCAGCCACUCCACUAUUUUCAGAUAAUGAGCUGGAAGUUUUGCAUCACUUUAGUGGCUGUGUCUGUAGGCCUUUCGACAGUGUCGACCGCAAUCCAUGUACUGCUACGUCCUACUGAUUUCUGUGGACGACACAUCAUUAACCAUUUUGUAUGUGAGUUGCAAUCCUUUCUCAAACUGGCCUGUUCUGACACACGUGCUAGUGAGCUCUUCAUGAAUGUUAUAAGCCUCUUCAACGUAAUGCUACCCUUUUGCUUCAUUGUUAUCACUUAUGUGCGCAUCGGCUUUGCUGUACUGAGCAUUAGCGGGAAAAAAGGUUGGAAGAAAGCCUUCUUCACCUGUAGUUCUCACCUUACUGUGGUCGGUGUGUUUUAUGGCACAAUCAUAAUCAUGUACCUGAUGCCUCAUCCCAAAUCUACUACUGAUCAAGAUAAGAUUGUAUCUUUAAUGUACGGGGUUUUAACUCCGAUGCUCAAUCCUCUGAUCUACACCUUGAGAAAUAGGGAUGUGAAAGGCGCUUUCUGGAGAGUGUUUGGAAGGAAAAUAUCAGAAUAA